AUGGGUAACCAGCUCGUUGGCGUUGCUCCCUCUCAAAUAUACCCUGUAGAACAUUAUUUAAGCGAUCAUGCUGAUCUAACAUUUGAUCAGAGCCUUGGCUCUACAAGGUUCUUAAAGGUAGCUCGAGCUCGUUCCCAAGAAGGUCUUGUUGUUGUUAAAGUAUUUGCAGUACAUGACCCAUCGUUACCUUUAGCUGAACACAAAGAGAGGAUACUCAAGAUUAAGGAGCAGCUAGCAUCUGCAUUCAAUUGUUUACCAUUUCAAAGGGUUAUUCUAACAGACAAGGCUGGACUUUUAAUGAGAGAGUACUGCAAAUGCAGUGUGUAUGACCGAAUGUCUACAAGACCAUUCCUAACAGUGCUAGAAAAGAAAUGGAUAACCUUUCAAGUUUUAUAUGCUUUACAUCGAAUGCACAAACUUGGAAUUUGUCAUGGUGAUAUAAAGUUAGAAAAUAUAAUGGUCACCUCUUGGCUAUGGGUACUCCUCACAGACAUAGCUUCCUUCAAACCGACUUUCUUGCCUGAUGAUAAUCCAGCGGACUUCAGUUACUUCUUCGACACAUCACGAAGGCGGCUGUGCUACGUUGCCCCUGAAAGAUUUGUUGGAGCACCUGAUCCUCAUAAUAGACCAGCGAGUGAUGACAAAACUGGCGGUCUACUAUUGAGUGAGUCACCGUGUAAAGUGGGUGAAUUGGUGCCUAGCAUGGAUAUAUUCUCGGCUGGCUGUGCCCUGCUAGAACUUUGGAAUGAUGGAACACCAGCUUUGGACCUACCAGGCUUAUUGGCGUAUCGUAACGGUGAAGAACGACCUGCUACCAUGACCCUGACCAUUGAUGAUCCGCAGCUGAAGUCGUUGUUGCAUUCCAUGACGGAGCGAAAUCCUCGGGACAGACGGAGUGCCGAGCUGUAUUUAGAUGAGGCUAGGGGCAAGUAA